AUGUUUAAACUAAUUGAAAAACCAUUUUUACUCCUUUUGUUUAUUGGAAUCAUAAUGAUAGAAAUUGUGUUCUCAAAAGAUUUCAAUGUUAUCCAAAGUAAUCAAGGGCUCAAACCUUCAACAAACCUUCGUGGAUUUUAUAGACAGCAAGAAUCCAAGAUUGGAGGGUACCAUAAAGCAGAUAUUUAUUUUAAGACCAAAGUACCUUCAUUAAAUCUUGAUCAAAGUGGAAUUACUGGUAUUGAUUGUGAUGACGAUAAAAUUACACUCCGAGGGAAUGAUGUUGAUAAAGUUAAUCAAUGGCCCGACAAAGUAAUGUUAUUAAUAUCACACAAAUGGAAAUGUUUUGGUAAAUCCACAACACAAUUUGUUAUGGUAAAAGAUAAAAUUGUUGAUGCCUCGAAUAAAAAAGUCACUCUAACUACUGAAAGAUGUAAUAUACAAGAUUGGUCCCAAGAAUUUCUUUUUGAUGUUUCAUGGGAAAAUGAAAAUCCAGAAAAGCUUUAUAGAAGGAUCGACCUCCCGGAAAUUAACCGAACAAAUACAUUAGAUUUGAACGUUUUGUUUGAUGAAGCAACAGGGAAAUCAUCAAAUCCAGAUAUUCUAUUUACAGAUAUCGCGGGUGCCAAAAUACUUUGCUCAAAUUGCUUUAUGGAUGGUGAAGCUACAGUUUCAUUGAGAGUUGCUGGCGAAUUUGUUGACUCUGAGAUUAAAUUUACCGAUGCUACGUUUGCACUUGAUGGAAAUGUUAAAUUAAACGUGGAUAUUUCCCUUGUCGGUAAUGCUGACAUUAAACCCAGUGAAAUCCUUCUUGCCAGUUUACCGCUUCCUAUUUUUGGUGUGCCAGGUGUAUUUAAUAUUGGACCGUCAAUUGAUCUAGUUGCUACAACUGAAAUUUCUGGCAACGUAAGCGUAACAAUAAAUUUUGGUGGAGAUAUUAGUUUACCAAAAUUUAAUGUAAAUGCCACAUUUGUUAAUGAGCCAAUCUUUAAUCAAACUGGAUUUAUCCCUGAGGUUAACUUACAUAAACCGAAGCUUGAGAUCAGCACUCCAUCUAAAGUGACAAUUUUAACUGCAUUAAAACCACAAUUGGCUUUUGGUCUUAGCAUAUUUAAUAAAUCUCUUUUAAAAGUAGGUCUUGAAUUAGUUGGAGAACUAAACUCUACCGUUACACUUGGUAAACAAAGUAAAUGUAGGAGAAGUAAACAACCACGUCUUGAAUCUACCCUUAAUGGUAAUUUAGGUUUUUUUAUAAACGAUAAGGACGUUCCUAUCCUAAAUUUUACUCCUAUAAAUUUAGUAAAUAAAUGCUUUUUAUAG